ACGUCUUUAUGUCUAUUGUAUUGCAAACAUGAGCGCGAAUAUGCAAGUCGCGUUGGAUGAAGCGCAAAAGUGCAUUAAACGACAGAAGACAUGUGCCUCCAAAAGCGAUGCUGUCAUCGAUAAAAUGGCUAGCAUGGCCCGCUCCGCAGAGCAGGAACUAGAAAGAGCCGUGGAGGGCACCGACGUAGAUGCUAUUAUAGGUCGCCUAAAGUCCAGCAUCGAGGAGGCUGGACUACUAAAGGAGCUAAACUCCACAACGAAGGAGCUGCAUACUUCUAUAGCAAAGCUGGGCAAGGCCCUAGAAAAGUCAUGUGACAUGGAUGCGGACGUCUGUCGCGCGUUGCGGCCCUGCCCCGCCGCGGCAUCAGAGCCAGGCCUGCUUGCGCGUGUGCUGGCUGAACACUUUUACCGCGAGGGCCGGUUCGAGCUGGGGGACUGCCUGGCGGCGGAGGCGGGCCUUAUGGACGCGGAGCAGCUGCGAGCGCCGUACGCUUCCAUGCAUGAGGUGCUGGAGCAGAUCCGCGCCCGCAACCUGGCUCCCGCGCUGCAGUGGGCCGAGUCGCAGCGGGCCGCGCUCAGCCCCGAGGGCGGCCCCUCGGCCUUCGAGUUCCGCCUGCACUCUCUAAACUUCGUGCACACGCUGCAGACGCAGGGCCGCUCCGCCGCCCUGUCGUACGCCAGGCGCCACUUCGCGCCGCACGCCGGGCGGGGCCAGCUGCCCGCCAUCCAGCGCCUCAUGGGCUGCCUGGUGUUCGCGGACAGGGAGGUGCAGCGGAAGCGGGACAGGGAGCAGCAGGAGCGGGGAGAGGGAGAAGGUGGAGCAGCGGCGGGGGGAGGGCCGCAGCUGCCGCAGCCGUACGCCGAGCUGAUGUCGCCUGGCUGCUGGGACGCGGCGGCCUCGGAGUUCGCACGCCUGGCGUGCAGCCUGAUGGGACAGGCCUCCGAGAGCCCGCUGUCGACCGUGGUGGCAGCCGGGGCGGUGGCGCUGCCCGCACUGCUCAAACUGGCGGCCGUCAUGGAGCGGAACGCGCAGGACCUCCGUGCCGUGGAGCAGCUGCCGGUGGAAAUUGAGCUGGGGCCGCGCUUCGUGUUCCGCUCCAUCUUCGCCUGCCCCGUGUCGCGCGACGCCAGCGGCCCCGACAACCCGCCGCUGCUGCUGCCGUGCGGCCACGUGCUGUGCGAACAGAGCGUGGCCAAGCUGGCCGCCAAGAGCCGCGUGGGGCGGCCCUUCAAGUGCCCCUACUGCCCCAUGGAGGCGCGGCAGGAGGGGCUACGGCGGCUGACGUUUCCGGAGGUGGAUUGAGGGGUGUAAAGAGGAAACAAUUAACUGACCGUGUGAUAUGGCGUCAUCAUGGUUGGAUUAAGGGGUAGGGCCGUAGGG